AUGAUGCUCCGCUUCUCGUGGCUGUUUGGGUGGCUGACCGGAUGCUCUUUAGGCUGGCAGUCCUCGCCUCGUGUGGUUGCUCUGGGAGGCAUACCUCAUUUUGAACCACGAUGGGUGACUUUAGAUUGCCAUCUUGUACAGUCCUCCGUUGGAAACGCAGUGGCUUGCAAUGAUUUUCUUUGCCCAUGCCAUAUCGCUGUUCUUGGAUUAGAUGUCCGUGAUGGGCGCACCAUCAACGACCUUGCAGACAGCCACAACUAUGAGUGCUGGGUCGAAGAGGUGACUGCUAAAGUAUGGUGCAACGUCAAAGAGGAUAUAAACGCUGUUGAGCUGAAGGAGGACAAUGGUGCAACGGCCAAAGUUGAGGAACAGAGAAAGGACGCUGAAGUUGAAGUUGGUCCCAAGACUUGUAUCGGUCACGCUCGGCCUUACUCAAGGGCCGCACUAUCCUACGAGUCAUAG